AUGAAGAAGCAGGAGGAGAAGGAGACAAAACCACGCUUCUUCACCUGGAAGCGAAAGCGCGACAAUGCGCAGGGCAAAGAUGAGGAGGAGGCAACGACGAGUCUGAUGGUGGAUAUCGACUACCGGAACGCGCUUGCUCUUCCACCUGUGCCGAAGCUGCUCAAGGCCUUACCCAGCAUGAGCGCGCUCUGCGACUAUCAGUUGGAUGACUUGGAAACUCAAUUGAGGCCGUACUUGCUUACCACUCAUACGCUGCUGUCGCGAAUUCACAUGGAUGAUGACGAUGCCUAUGGAAAGGAAGCCGAAAAAGGCUCCAUGGCACCUCCGCCACCACCAAAGGAUGCGCAGCUGUUCAAGGAUGACGACGUGCCAGAGGAAGUCAAUCGAGCACAGAAGCUCGCACGGCUGACAGAGCCAACGGAUGCCUACCACCGUCAGGCCUUUGGCUUGCAGCUUCCUCAGCUCAUCACCAAUGACGUGUUCACAGAGCGGCAGCGUUUCACAACAGGUCGGGAUGCUGCUGAAAAGAAGAUUUUCCGCGAUCCUCCCGGUUUCAACAGCAAGGAGGAGCUGGCCCAAAAGAUUGGCAAGACCUUCCAGGCUGCAAAGGAGGAACCUGUGCAUCCUUCAAAGCCACACUUGCGGCCAAAGCGAGUGAUGCAAGUCGUGCCGGACGUGCAGCUGUGGUCCAACAGGUAUGUACAGGUAGCGUUCGACGAGGAGCCGCGCGGACACAUGGUGCAGCCAAACGACCUGUUGCUGAGAUCUGCGCCCGACCCGCGGACGACGUGCUUCAGCCUCUUCAGCCCUCGGGAAAAGGAUGCAGAUGCCUACGACUUCCAGCGGCAGUACUACUGGAGCAACCGGGGUGGCUUCCAGCAAGCUGAUGAGAUUGGUGAGGGCAAGACCGCUGUGCUGUUCAUCCCGCGCUCAUCAGCAGACGGUGAGGAGCCGAAGCAGGCGAAGUUCAUCCUCGCGCCCACGAAGAUGGCGCUGGCGAAGCUGAAGGCGCAUCGUCUUGACAUAGAGGAGGAGACCAAGGAGCCAGCUGCACGCGUUCUUGUCGUGAACAGAGUCGAACCGCUGACCCGCCAGCUGCCUGUGUGGAGCGCGGCUGGGUCCGGGCCGUGUCACGUUAUGCAAGUUCUGGGCCAUGCUGGUGAGGCGCUCCGGGUGACGGUCCGCCCUCCCGCAGCAGCAGAGUCUGCCGAUCUCUCUGCCUCCGCGCCUGACUCGGCGCAGCCGGACUCGGCCGAACCUGUGAACUCCGCAGAGCCCGUGGAGCCGGUUGAACCGGCGGAGAUGAAUACUUCGCAGCUUUGUGAUCAAAGAGCACGGGGUGUCGAAUGCAUUGUCUUCUCACACGACGUGUCCUGGUUGAGUUCAGUGCUCUCUCCACUGUUCAUGCCAACUGCCGAACUUGGUGGCCAUGCACGCGCCAAUCUCGCUGGGGAGCCAGGCGCUGGGGACAGAGAGCUGGCUGGCCAGUCGGAGUUUCUCUCGAGGGAGUUGGAUGGCAUCUCGCUUGGAACUUCUCGGAUCCGUAGCGCGCUCUUGGGUGACUCGCAGCUCUGCCUGAUGAAUCCGGAGACGCUUGAGCAGAGUGGCUCGUCUUCGGGCGAGAGAGCGCUGGAUUGGUCCAUCGUGGAUGAGUUCGAGGCCGACUGGACGCAGGAGCAAGUGCCGGGCGACGGGGGUGGCGCGGACGUGGGCGAUGCUCCUGAUCCGCUGACGCCUUUGCGUCGGACGCCGCUGGUGCUUCCGGCGAGUAGCGAGAAGUUUGCGGAGCCGGUGCCGGUUUCGAGCCUCGAGGCAUCGAAGGCUCCUCUGUUCUAUGGCAUCGAAGCGUGCGAAGGUGCUCCCGCCAUACCCGGGCCCGGGUCACCAGAGGAGAUCAAGGCAUCCCUUGCCUUCACCGAAGACCUCGAGCCCCUGGAGCAGAAGAGCCUCCCGGGAGCUGCGGAGCUGCGGUGUGCGACGCACCUCGAGUUCUGCAUGAGCUUGGAAGACGACGACUCGGAGCCCUGCGAAGAGAAGACGCUGGACUGCGAAGGGGCCCCCGCUUUCCUCAUCCAGGAGUUGGAGUUGCAUGAGGAAGCUUCCGCGACUCUCCUGCAUCGCACGCUGGGAAACCUGGCGGUAGACUUGGAGCAGGGCGAUUUAGAGAUGCAGAGCCCCGACAGCGGAGCUGCGUCUAGAGAUUCCAGCAUGCCUUCUGAACAGGCAGAGCUUUGUGUCCCGCAUGCUGAGUCGCAUGCGCUGGGCGAGUGCCCGGUGGAAGCUUGCGAUUCUUCUUCAGAGUCUGGCAAGAAGCAGCAGGAGCUGCAACUCACACCGGGGGAGUGCGUCGAAGCCCCGGCUACAGACGGCAGAAGCGCAUCACAGGCGGAUGUCCACCACGACAUCGGUCUUGAUGAUGGCCACACAGAGUUGGGCGAGCUGGAUGACUUGGAUGGGAAUUCAGCAGAAGAGAUAGGCAAUCCAGGACCUCGGCGAAAAGAUCGCGAAUCUGCAACUCCCAGCACAGAUGCACUUGAGGAGGAAGCUCGCACGCCUGUCUUGGCUGCAGCUGCAGCUGUUGUAUCAGUGUGGGAGGAUAAGCAAGUGCCGGGUGAGUCAGCAGCUUGUUCAGAGCUUGCCAAUGACGACCCAGGCAGCUCGGACCUGGAUUUUGGCAUCGCUGCGCCAACUCUGCCAGCAUCCGUGCCAUCCGACUGCGAGGUCACCGAUGCAACACAAGGCAUGGCCUCAAGUGGUGAACCAGAGAUGGCUUUCGGCAUCGAGCAGGCCGCGCAAGAGCUUUCCGAGAGCAUUGCAGAAAGUGCAGCCGAGUCCGAUGGUCUGGCUUCGCCGAGCAUCACCAAUGCGGCCGAUGCAAGCAUUGGGCCGGAUCAGCAGGACAGCGAGUUGAGCGUGAUUUUGCAAGAAAGCCUUCCUGCAGCAUGCGAUGAGGCCUUCGAGGAGAGGCCGAGUGGAAGUGAUGGAGAUGUGUUGGUGCACGGGCAAGACUUGGCGCUGUGCCAAGACAAGAUGUCUGAGUGCGCGGAAGUCGCGCAUCCCACCGUGGGGAACAUAGUCGCAGACUUGGAGCACAUUGACGACGGAGCUGCGCGCAAGGAUCUCAUCGAUUCCAGCAUGGAUUCUGAAGCGGCAGAAGCAGAGCUUUGUGUCCCGCAUGCUGAGUCGCAUGCGCUUGGCGAGUGCCCGGUGGAAGCUUGCGAUUCUUCUUUAGAGUCUGGCAAGAAGCAGCAGGAGCUGCAACUCACACCGGGGGAGUGCGUCGAAGCCCCGGCUACAGACGGCAGAAGCGCAUCACAGGCGGAUGUCCACCACGACAUCGGUCUUGAUGAUGGCCACACAGAGUUGGGCGAGCUGGAUGACUUGGAUGGGAAUUCAACAGAGGAGAUGGGCAAUCCAGGGCCUCAGCGAGAAGAUCGCGAAUCUGCAACUCCCAGCACGGAUGCACGUGAGGAGAAAGCUCGCACGCCUGUCUUGAUGACCGAAGAUGAAGAUGUUGGGUUAGUGUUGGAGGGCGAGCAAAGGUGUUCCAAGCUGGCUGUUGCCGACCCCGGCAGUUCGGAUCUGCAUGUCGAUGUGCCUCUGCCGACUCUGCCAGCAUCGGUGCCAUCGGACUGCAAUGUCAUCGAUCUGGAGUGUAGCAAAGGCCACGUGCAAGAUGCAUCGGCGCCUGUCAGCUUCCAUGAGGCCGAGGGCGAGGCUGACUGUGCAACCACUGGUCUGGACUCGAAGAGCUUCGCCAAUGAUGCCAGUGCCGUGUCCGAUGAGCAGCUUACGGUUGGUUCAGCUGGAGCGAGCAAUCCGCCGGCCGCUGCCAGCCAUGCCGCAGACAGCCGAAGGAAGCAGAUUGAGCCAGCGCUGCGCCAUUCCCCCUCCACUUCAUGCCUGGGUCUGACGAAGACUGCGGCGGCUCGGAGGGAUGCCCGGUCGAGCGAGGUGCCGAAGCCGAAGAAGAAACUCUCCGAGCCCCGCCCGGUCCCGGCGCCGAAGCAGCCGGACGGGGCCAGCAAAGUGCGCCCUUCGAGACCUAUGGCAGGUUCCCCUCCUUCGCAGCCGCCCAAGGAACCGACAAUCACAGGCAACGAGCCGGAGAAGGCAAGCCAGUCCAAGAAGGACGUCCGCGAGUUCUGGCAGGCUUUGGACAAGAAAGCAGUGGAAUCGGAAAAGACAAGCAGGAUACCACGACCCAGGAUCCCGGCAAAGCGCGGCGAGGCUGCUGCUCCGCAGCCGGCCGCAUCGACCCUCGGAGCAGAGAAGAGUGGCGAAGCACGAGAUCGACCUUCAGAGCCGCGGCAGCCAUCCAAGAAGACCGUUGCUCCGAGCAAGAUUCCGCGCCCGCAGCUCCCCACGGGUACGAGCAGGGUUCCGGCGAAGCAGAUUCAUUCACAACAGCAGCAAGUUGAGCGUGCGAAGCCCAAGGUGCUGGACAAAAAGGCGGCCAUGCAGAGAGCAGACUACGGCUGCUGCAAAGCCUCUCGGCACAAAGACUUCGACAAAGGCGAGAAGGACUGUGAGCUUCAAGGCUUGAAGCUGUGCCAAGACAAGCCCACUCCUGUUGCUGACUGCGCGGAAGUCGCGCAUCAAACCGUCGGGAACAUCGCGGCAGACUUGGAGCACGUUGACGACGAGGCUGCAGACAAGGAGUCCAGCAUCCCUUCUGAACCAGCAGAAGCAGAGGUUUGUGUUCCGCACCCUCAGCCACAUGCGCUGGAAGAGUGCCCAGUGGCAGCUUGCGAUUCUGGUUCACUCACACCAGGGGAGUGUGUCGAAGCCCCGGCUUCAGUCCAUGGCAGAAGCGCAUCACAGGCGGAUGCCCACCACGACAUCGGGCUUGAUGAUGGCCACACAGAGUUGGGCGAGCUGGAUGGCUUCGAUGGGAAUUCAGCGGAAGAGAUAGGCAAUCCAGGGCAUCAGCGAGAAGAUCGCGAAGCUGCAACUCCCAGCACGGAUGCCCUUGAGGAGGAAGCUCGCACGCCUGUCUUGGCUGCAGCUGUAGCUGUUGCAUCAGUGUGGGAGGAUGAGCAAGUGCCGGCUGAGUCAGCGGCUUGUUCAGAGCUUGCCAAUGACGACCCAGGCAGUUCGGACCUGGAUUUUGGCAUCGCUGCGCCAACUCUGCCAGCAUCCGUGCCAUCCGACUGCGAGGUUACCGAUGCAACACAAGGCAUGGCCUCAAGUGGUGAAUCAGAGAUGGCUUUCGGCAUCAAGCAGGCCACGCAAGAGCUUUCCGAGGGCAUUGCAGAAAGUCUAGUCGAAUCCGAUGGUCUGGCUUCGCCGAGCAUCACCAAUGCGGCCGAUGCAAGCAUUGGGCCGGAUCAGCAGGACAGCGAGUUGAGCGUGAUUUUGCAAGAAAGCCUUCCUGCAGCAUGCGAUGAGGCCUUCGAGGAGAGGCCGAGUGGAAGUGAUGGAGACGUUUUGGUGCAUGGGCAAGACUUGGAGCUGUGCCAAGACAAGAUGUCUGAGUGCGCGGAAGUCGCGCAUCCCACCGUGGGGAACAUAGCCGCAGACUUGGAGCACAUUGACGACGGAGCUGCGCGGAAGGAUUUCAUCGAUUCCAGCAUGGAUUCUGAAGCGGCAGAAGCAGAGCUUUGUGUCCCGCAUGCUGAGUCGCAUGCGCUUGUCGAGUGCCCGGUGGAAGCUUGCGAUUCUUCUUCAGAGUCUGGCAAGAAGCAGCAAGAGCUGCAACUCACGCCAAGGGAGUGUGUCGAAGCCCCGGCUUCAGACGGCAGAAGCGCAUCACAGGCGGAUGUCCACCACGACAUCGGUCUUGAUGAUGAUGGCCACACAGAGUUGGGCGAGCUGGAUGACUUGGAUGGGAAUUCAGCAGAAGAGAUAGGCAAUCCAGGACCUCGGCGAGAAGAUCGCGAAUCUGCAACUCCCAGCACGGAUGCACUUGAGGAGGAAGCUCGCACGCCUGUCUUGGCUGCAGCUGCAUCAGUGUGGGAGGACGAGCAAGUGCCGGGUGAGUCAGCGGCUUGUUCAGAGCUUGCCAAUGACGACCCAGGCAGUUCGGACCUGGAUUUUGGCAUCGCUGUGCCAACUCUGCCAGCAUCCGUGCCAUCCGACUGCGAGGUUACCGAUGCAACACAAGGCAUGGCCUCAAGUGGUGAAUCAGAGAUGGCUUUCGGCAUCAAGCAGGCCACGCAAGAGCUUUCCGAGGGCAUUGCAGAAAGUCGAGUCGAAUCCGAUGGUCUGGCUUCUCGGAGCAUCACCAAUGCGGCCGAUGCAAGCAUUGGGCCGGAUCAGCAGGACAGCGAGUUGAGCGUGAUUUUGCAAGAAAGCCUUCCUGCAGCAUGCGAUGAGGCCUUCGAGGAGAGGCCGAGUGGAAGUGAUGGAGAUGUGUUGGUGCAUGGGCAAGACUUGGAGCUGUGCCAAGACAAGAUGUCUGAGUGCGCGGAAGUCGCGCAUCCCACCGUGGGGAACAUAGUCGCAGACUUGGAGCACAUUGACGACGGAGCUGCGUGGAAGGACUUCAUCGAUUCCAGCAUGGAUUCUGAAGCGGCAAUAGCAGAGCUGUGUGUCCCGCAUGCUGAGUCGCAUGCGCUUGGCGAGUGCCCGGUGAAAGCUUACGAUUCGUCUUCAGAGUCUGGCAAGAAGCAGCAAGAGCUGCAACUCACGCCAAGGGAGUGUGUCGAAGCCCCGGCUUCAGACGGCAGAAGCUCAUCACAGGCGGAUGUCCACCACGACAUCGGUCUUGAUGAUGGCCACACAGAGUUGGGCGAGCUGGAUGACUUGGAUGGGAAUUCAGCAGAAGAGAUAGGCAACCCAGGGCCUCAGCGAGAAGAUCGCGAAUCUGCAACUCCCAGCACGGAUGCACUUGAGGAGAAAGCACGCACGCCUGUCUUGGCUGCAGCUGCAGCUGUUGCAUCAAUGUGGGAGGAUGAGCAAGUGCCGGGUGAGUCAGCGGCUUGUUCAGAGCUUGCCAAUGACGACCCAGGCAGUUCGGACCUGGAUUUUGGCGUCGCUGUGCCAACUCUGCCAGCAUCAGUGCCAUCCGACUGCGAGGUUACCGAUGCAACACAAGGCAUGGCCUCAAGUGGUGAAUCAGAGAUGGCUUUCGGCAUCAAGCAGGCCGCGCAAGAGCUUUCCGAGGGCAUUGCAGAAAGUCCAGUCGAAUCCGAUGGUCUGGCUUCUCCGAGCAUCACCAAUGCGGCCGAUGCAAGCAUGGGGCCGGAUCAGCAGGACAGCGAGUUGAGCGUGAUUUUGCAAGAAAGCCUUCCUGCAGCAUGCGAUGAGGCCUUUGAGGAGAGGCUGAGUGGAAGCGAUGGAGAUGUGUUGCUGCACGGGCAAGACUUGGAGCUGUGCCAAGAUAAGAUGUCUGAGUGCGCGGAAGUCGCGCAUCCCAACCUCGGGAACAUAGCCGCAGACUUGGAGCACAUUGACGACAGAGCUGCGCGGAAGGACUUCAUCGAUUCCAGCAUGGAUUCUGAAGCGGCACAAGCAGAGCUUUGUGUCCCGCAUGCUGAGUCACAUGCGCUUGGCGAGUGCCCGGUGGAAGCUUGCGAUUCGUCUUCAGAGUCUGGCAAGAAGCAGCAAGAGCUGCAACUCACGCCAAGGGAGUGUGUCGAAGCCCCGGCUUCAGACGGCAGAAGCGCAUCACAGGCGGAUGUCCACCACGACAUCGGUCUUGAUGAUGAUGGCCACACAGAGUUGGGCGAGCUGGAUGACUUGGAUGGGAAUUCAGCAGAAGAGAUAAGCAAUCCAGGGCCUCGGCGAGAAGAUCGCGAAUCUGCAACUCCCAGCACGGAUGCACUUGAGGAGGAAGCUCGCACGCCUGUCUUGGCUGCAGGUGCAGCUGUUGCAUCAAUGUGGGAGGAUGAGCAAGUGCCGGGUGAGUCAGCGGCUUGUUCAGAGCUUGCCAAUGACGACCCAGGCAGUUCGGACCUGGAUUUUGGCAUCGCUGUGCCAACUCUGCCAGCAUCCGUGCCAUCCGACUGCGAGGUUACCGAUGCAACACAAGGCAUGGCCUCAAGUGGUGAAUCAGAGAUGGCUUUCGGCAUCAAGCAGGCCGCGCAAGAGCUUUCCGAGGGCAUUGCAGAAAGUCCAGUCGAAUCCGAUGGUCUGGCUUCUCCGAGCAUCACCAAUGCGGCCGAUGCAAGCAUGGGGCCGGAUCAGCAGGACAGCGAGUUGAGCGUGAUUUUGCAAGAAAGCCUUCCUGCAGCAUGCGAUGAGGCCUUUGAGGAGAGGCUGAGUGGAAGCGAUGGAGAUGUGUUGCUGCACGGGCAAGACUUGGAGCUGUGCCAAGAUAAGAUGUCUGAGUGCGCGGAAGUCGCGCAUCCCAACCUCGGGAACAUAGCCGCAGACUUGGAGCACAUUGACGACAGAGCUGCGCGGAAGGACUUCAUCGAUUCCAGCAUGGAUUCUGAAGCGGCACAAGCAGAGCUUUGUGUCCCGCAUGCUGAGUCACAUGCGCUUGGCGAGUGCCCGGUGGAAGCUUGCGAUUCGUCUUCAGAGUCUGGCAAGAAGCAGCAAGAGCUGCAACUCACGCCAAGGGAGUGUGUCGAAGCCCCGGCUUCAGACGGCAGAAGCGCAUCACAGGCGGAUGUCCACCACGACAUCGGUCUUGAUGAUGAUGGCCACACAGAGUUGGGCGAGCUGGAUGACUUGGAUGGGAAUUCAGCAGAAGAGAUAAGCAAUCCAGGGCCUCGGCGAGAAGAUCGCGAAUCUGCAACUCCCAGCACGGAUGCACUUGAGGAGGAAGCUCGCACGCCUGUCUUGGCUGCAGGUGCAGCUGUUGCAUCAAUGUGGGAGGAUGAGCAAGUGCCGGGUGAGUCAGCGGCUUGUUCAGAGCUUGCCAAUGACGACCCAGGCAGUUCGGACCUGGAUUUUGGCAUCGCUGUGCCAACUCUGCCAGCAUCCGUGCCAUCCGACUGCGAGGUUACCGAUGCAACACAAGGCAUGGCCUCAAGUGGUGAAUCAGAGAUGGCUUUCGGCAUCAAGCAGGCCACGCAAGAGCUUUCCGAGGGCAUUGCAGAAAGUCGAGUCGAAUCCGAUGGUCUGGCUUCUCCGAGCAUCACCAAUGCGGCCGAUGCAAGCAUGGGGCCGGAUCAGCAGGACAGCGAGUUGAGCGUGAUUUUGCAAGAAAGCCUUCCUGCAGCAUGCGAUGAGGCCUUUGAGGAGAGGCUGAGUGGAAGCGAUGGAGAUGUGUUGCUGCACGGGCAAGACUUGGAGCUGUGCCAAGACAAGAUGUCUGAGUGCGCGGAAGUCGCGCAUCCCACCGUGGGGAACAUAGCCGCAGACUUGGGGCACAUUGACGACGGAGCUGCGCGGAAGGAUUUCAUCGAUUCCAGCAUGGAUUCUGAAGCUGCACAAGCAGAGCUGUGUGUCCCGCAUGCUGAGUCGCAUGCGCUUGGCGAGUGCCCGGUGGAAGCUUACGAUUCUUCUUCAGAGUCUGGCAAGAAGCAGCAAGAGCUGCAACUCACGCCGGGGGAGUGUGUCGAAGCCCCGGCUUCAGACGGCAGAAGCGCAUCACAGGCGGAUGUCCACCACGACAUCGGUCUUGAUGAUGAUGGCCACACAGAGUUGGGCGAGCUGGAUGACUUGGAUGGGAAUUCAGCAGAAGAGAUAAGCAAUCCAGGGCCUCGGCGAGAAGAUCGCGAAUCUGCAACUCCCAGCACGGAUGCCCUUGAGGAGGAAGAUCGCACGCCUGUCUUGGCUGCGGCUGCAGCUGUUGCAUCAGUGUGGGAGGAUGAGCAAGUGCCGGGUGAGUCAGCGGCUUGUUCAGAGCUUGCUAAUGACGACCCAAGCAGUUCAGAUCUGCAUUUUGACAUCGCUGUGCCAACUCUGCCAGCAUCCGUGCCAUCCGACUGCGAGGUCAGAGAUGCAACACAAGGCAUGGCGUCAAGUGGUGAAUCAGAGAUGGCUUUCGGCAUCAAGCAGGCCGCGCAAGAGCUUUCCGAGGGCAUUGCAGAAAGUCCAGUCGAAUCCGAUGGUCGGGCUUCGCCGAGCAUCACCAAUGCGGCAGAUGUAAGCAUGGGGCCAGUUGCUUGCCAUACCGAUGAUGCUGGGGGAAGACGCAUGAAGGAGGCGAUGCGAAGAGCAGCCCGGAUUUUCUUUCUCGUCGUCGCUUUGACGCUUCCGGAGCUUGCUUGGCGCCUGGGGCCCGUGCCGGAAACCUUCGUUUGA